CCCGAGAAUCGAACAACGCCCAUGACGCUGACUGAGACCACUGUCACUUACCACGAUCAGGGCUCGACGCUGAUCGGCUUCAUGGCUGCCCCUGCGACCAUCGCCGCUGGCACCAAGCUGCCUGCCGUCCUCAUCAUCCACGACUGGAAGGGCAUUGGCGAUUAUGUUCGCGAACGCGCACGCAUUCUCGCUCGCAAGGGCUACGUUGCGUUUGCCGUCGAUCAGUAUGGCGAUGGCAAGCAUGCCGCCACCCACGAGGAGGCCGCCGCGCUCAUGCAGGCGUACACCAAGGACUCGACCUUUGCCCUCAACCGCACCCUGGCCGGCCUCAACCAGCUCAUUGCUCACCCGCAUGUCGACGCCAGCAAGAUUGUUUGCUAUGGCUACUGCUUCGGCGGCACGUGCUGCCUCGAGCUCGCCCGCCACAAUGCUCCAGUUGCUGGUGUUGCUGGCUUCCACGCUGGCCUCCAGAGCUUCAGCGGUGCUUCCAACAAGAACAUCAAGACGCGUGUUGCCAUGUUCCACGGCUACAACGAUCCGUGGAUUUCUCGCGAAGCUGUGCAAAACUUUACCAAGGAGCUGUCCGAGGCCCAGGUCGACUUUACUUUUGUCGACUUUGGCAACACGGUCCAUGCAUUCACCGUCCCUGGCAUCAACAACCCGCCGGCCAUGAUUUACAACGAGAGCUCCGACAAGCAAUCCUGGGCCUACUUUGAGUUCUGGCUGCACCACAUCACUCUGGGCGGUGCCAAGUCUGGCGCCCCUGACUGCUGCAACAAGGGUGAUGCUGGCGCUGCUUCCUGCCAUUAAAGCACCGCGAGCUUGCUGCUUCGAGCCUUUCUCUUAUUCUCUCUUGCUCUUGCUCUUGCGUUGCUUGGUUGUGCGAUGAUGGAGCGGGUACGCGGCUGUUUGAGUUCCUUGUGAAUUCUCCACAAUCAGACUUGCUCCAUCUCAAGCUCCCCCUGAUUCAUCUGUUUUCCAAGUAGUUUAUCAAAUUUCAAUUCAUACUUGCUUCCAUU